GUAAACAAACAAACCUUGAACGAGUGGCUUGUCAUAAAACAUCAUUGAGUGUUUUGGUUUUCAGCAUUGUUUUUAGCCUUGAAAUUACAUGGCGAAAUAUUCUUAAGACAGAAUAAUGUGAGCGAAGGCUAGUGGUAACCAACGGCACUAACAAUGCUCUUGAUUAGGAGUGUAAUUGUAAAUAGCUUCUCACUUGUCUGACCCAGGUAGUUGUUUAGAUGGUUCAGAGACAAUUUUAUCUGCGUGAUGGAGGCAUACACGGUGGUAGGCAGGAUCGGGGAGGGUGCACACGGGGUGGUUGUGAGAGCCAAGCACAACCUGACGGGGCGGAUGGUGGCCCUGAAGAAGAUUCCUUUAAGGCGGCUGGACCAGGGCAUGCCCACCACCGCCCUCAGGGAGAUCAAGGCCCUCCAGGAGAUCAACUCGCAACACGUAGUUCGGUUGCUGGACGUGUUCGCUGAGGGUGCGGGGUUCGUGUUAGCGUUUGAACUAAUGCUGGGUGACCUGGGUGAGAUGAUCCGUGAUGCCACACGAUCUCUGACCCCAGCUCAGGUCAAAUCUUACAUGACCAUGCUACUGUCAGGGGUCGCCUUCCUCCACCUGCACAACAUCAUGCACAGGGACCUGAAGCCAGCAAAUCUAUUGAUCAGCGACACAGGUCAACUUAAGAUAGCUGACCUGGGUCUUUGUCGGGUCUUCAACAGGCAGGGCAAGAGGCUGUACUCUCACCAGGUGGCUACACGGUGGUACAGGGCGCCAGAACUGCUGUACGGGGCGAGACAGUAUAAUGAAGGGGUCGAUCUGUGGGCUGUUGGCUGUAUCUUUGGAGAGAUGAUCAAUAAUUCCCCAAUUUUCCCGGGAGAGAGUGACAUAGACCAGCUGUGUGUGGUGCUACAGAUCCUAGGUACACCAAGUGAGACCAACUGGCCCGGCCUCUCCCAGCUGCCAGACUAUAAGAAGAUCACCUUCCCUGAGUCUAAGCCAGUCCCUCUAGAGCAGGUGCUGCCAGAUGCACCACCUGAUGCCUUGGACCUGGUCAAGAAGUUCGUCAUCUACUAUUCUGACAAGAGGUUAUCGGCGAGCAAGGCUCUCCUACACCACUACUUCUUCACCGCCCCACUGGCCACCCCUCUCAGCCAGAUGCCGGUGCCACCCCUGGACAAGAAGCCGCCCCCAGCCACCCAGGAGUACAUCACAGACUUCCCGCUUCAUCACAUCACUGACGCAGUCCGCCUCCACCUCGACUCUCUCUACCUAAAAGGGUGACUGAAGCUAGUGGCUAAAAAUUACUCCUUGUUUGAAGUAAUAACAGAGUAUUAGGAUGUAUAGAGUCUUGAACUGGCGGAUUAUUUUGUCUAAUUUUUUUUACUGUAGUGUAACGAUUGUCUAUUUUCUAACUGUCACGAUGUUUACUUAUUCAGAUAUUGUACAAGAGUAAUAAAUAGGCUGCCAAAACAAGUUUCAAUUUGUACUAGUGAUUUAUAGCUUUAAAUAAAUACGUAAUAUAUUA